AUGAUGAUGAGUUCCAAAAAGGCACUGGCAGGCAACAAGCCUACUACUGUUUCACCAUCACCGGCGGGGUCUGCCAAGCGGGAAGAAGGUGACUGGAGGAGCACCAUGAAGGCAUUUAGGGAGGAAGUCCAGAAAUUGAAGGAGGAAAAUGAGGCUCUGAAGUCAACAACAGUUGAACUAGCGAACUCAUGGCAAAUGACUGCUGAAAAAUUGGAGUCAUUGAAAGAAGAGAUUUAUUUAUCGCAAAAAAACGUCCUGAAUAUGUUAGAUGAGGAGUGGAAGAAGUCCGCUGACGCUGCGAAGGAGAGAAAUGAUUUACUACAGAGGCUAGGUGAGGCUCAAGAAAAAUGUGCUUCAGCAAACAUAGAAGUUUCUCGACUCGCUGGUAUUCUGGAGGGAGAAAGGAUUAAGAAUAGCAGUGCUGUGGCGGUGCAUGAAAAAGAAUGGAAGGCUAAAGAGAUGAAGAUUCAGUUAGAGCUUGGCCUGCGGGAGAAACAGUUAGAGGAAACACAACGUGAUAUGAGACAGUAUCUCGAAAGAUAUGAGGCUUCGCUUGCUGCGAAGGAUAAAUUGUUGGAAGAGGAAAGAGCUCAAUGGGAAAAUCAGCGCGAGAAAUACGAGGAAGAGAAAUAUCGGCUUCUGAUGCAGACCAAAAAGAGAGGACGUCCCCUCCGAUUUUCUCCAGAGCUAGCUACAGAGAGUGGUGCUAUUAUGUCCAACGGGUCUUUUCUAACGCCUCAGUUCUUCAAUGUGGUUACUGAAGAAGAUGCUGCUCGCAGUGUAUCCAAGAAGAGUCGUUUAGAGGAAGCUCGACAACAACGACGACAACACGAGCAACACCAUGAUGACGUGACACUAAGGAAGCUGGAUAAACUCAAUGACCUUAAAGACAGACUCCGUCUAUAG